CCCCGAUGUUGCAUGUCAACUGGCCACCUCACCGUCUGUUUACCACCGACUAAAAACUGCAUCUGGUGACCAGCAGCCUUCGUUGCACCACUAGCAUUUUGGCAUUCACCAAAUGUCAAUCGUGGGCUGCUGUUGGUCCGCUUCUUGCAGUUGCAGAUCCGCUAUCCUAGGAGUAAGCUGUGUCUGCGGGAGCAGAUGACAUCAAAUCAAUGGAGUUCGAUAGGGCCAACCAUGUCGCCGACUUCUUGGCUAGGUAUCGGUGGGGAAUCUGGUUCUUCUGCAGCAUCUUGUCUACAUUUGCGCAGGUAUACGCUGAGUGCAUUGGCAGAAUUCUAGAAUCAGUGCACAAAGAGACCUGUGAACUUGUUCAACACAAAUGCAGUGCUGCAAACUGGAGCUGCUCGUGUAACCCAAGCAUCUUGGAUGAAGACGCUGUAACCAAAUCGGAUGAAGAAGAGUCAAGACGGGAGCCUCCGCGAGCUGACCAGGGCAAUGGCCUUGGUGCAUGCCCGCAUUACUUCGUAGCUUGCUUCGGAAGCGCACCCGUCGGUAUAUUUCCGGUGCUGUUCUAGCGCGGCGUGUGGAGGAAGCUUGGGUGGAACAACCUCAAACUUGGAACAAUGAAUCCAACAACGCGUG